AUGUCAAUGCAAGUAACGACACCACUAUUACCUAGCGCUGAUGUCCGUGAAUCCCGACAUGUCACUAAGCCAGAAGCUGAAGAUACAUCGGACAAGAGUCAGUAUCGCGUUCUACAGCAUUCAUCCACUCAGCAGACAGUACCGCUUGUUGCUACCAAUAUUACCCUAUUAAGAACGACGACUGGAGAGAUUGAUGCAUUCAAAGCUGAGCUGGAUAAACGAUUCACGAUGAAACAUCUAGGACCAGUUAAAACGUAUCUCGGAGUGAGUAUCAUUCGCGAUCCAGAUCUUCGUACUAUCUACGCCCAUCAAGCUGGCUAUCUUGGCUCGAGGGAUUUUAAGGUCAGUAUUUAUAUUGGCAGGGUGUCCCGCUCCACCAGAUCAGAUGGAAGAUGGACGCCAGAACUUGUCGUUAUCUACAAAGAAAUAAAGCACUUCGAAGUCGUUAUUCACUUCAAUCAAGUCAGAAUGUCUGGUGUCAAGGUGUUGGCGGCGCUCACGUAUGACAUCUGCAAGGUUAACCACCGGAAACUGUUAAUUUUCGUGGACUGGCCGACGGUUCAAUGGGUCGUUGAGUUCUUCUUGACCCUACUCGGAUUUAAAUGUUUAUGUGUGCGUGCUUCCAUGACAGCCAUCGAGAGGGAACAGGCUAUCGACGCUUUCCGAGAUCCCACACACGAAGGCCAAGUCCUAGUGACAAGUUUCCGCAUAUCCGCGACGGCGAUAAACUUGCAGACCGCGUGCUGUGAUGUCUGUUUUGUUGAGAUCCCACCAAAUUGGCAGACCGGCCUACAGACCGGAUGUCGUGUUGCGCGCCUAGGACAGCUACUAGCGUCCUUUAUAUGGAUCGCUUUUCCCACGAUCAGCUUCUCCACUGCGGUUGCAAAGAGAUUGGUUGCUCAACAAAGAGAUUUUCUGGCUAGAGUAACGAAAAAUUAA